AUGGGCGUCCCACACAAACCACAACGCGUGAAAGAGGGACGGCCCGGGCGACCGCUUAGCAUUACCGAACUGCUCGAACUGCGCGCAAUAUUCGACAUCGUUGCAGCGGCUCCGCCGCCAUGCCUGAACACUGCGCACCUAAGUACUUUGACAAAGAGCGUGAAGAGCUAUGGGUACUGUGCAUCGUCUCUGUCGCCACGCGUUGCACUGAAGCCCCGCCAUUCUCAGGGUGGCCCGCCCAUCUUGACAGAGUCGGACAAGCCCAUAUCAUUUGUGUUCCGUGCCCCGCUCCCCAGGAGCGCCUCGCCCGCGGAUUCUUCCCGUGAUGCAUCCGAGGAAGCGGCGGUUGUGCCUCGUGGCCUCCCUGAGCGAAAAUACCACGAACAGCCGCGCCGCACCUAUCGUGCGCGACGCAAGCACAACCCCGAACACAGCUACGUCGACCCGGACGACAUCCUUAUGUACGACGGCAAACCUUGGUACAAGCAACAUGGCCAAUGGCACCGCCUGGAAGACGGACAACCCGAGGACACACUCCGUGAUACUAUGACGCACAGGAAGGAGUUGGCGGAGGCCGUCCCUGGGCUCACGAAGCGUACGAAGGGGCGAUUCGUCCCCAAGGCUGGAGCCACCGACGACCCUCGCCGGAAACACAUCUGUCCUGUGGAGACGUGCAGGAAAGCGUUUACGAAGCGCGACCACGUCAAUCGCCACAUCAUGACCAUUCACGGCAAUGGCAUAUACGACGCGCCUGUGCCGUGCGAUAAGCCCGGCUGCACUUACGCUGGUGUACGCGACGACAACCAGAGAAACCAUAGGCGCAAGCACACCCACUAUCACGAGAUCUUCAUGUGCACGCCCGAGGAUGGGUACAAGGGCAUCCAUCUCCAGAAUCCGCGGAUAGUCGACUCCUCGUCCAUCGACGUUAAGCCGUUCAAAGAGCUCCCAUUCCCUGUCCCAUCGCUCUGCCUCUGGAAAGCCCAGGAAAGGAGGCGCAGGGAGGAGGGGGCCGACGAACCCAUUUCGGAAUAUGAUUGCGUCGGGCGAUACUUCGCCUCGCACCCUGAGGAGGUGGAGGCGUACUAUGCCGAGGAUCCUGAGGAGCUGGAAGCAAAGUGGAAGAUGCCGCCCGCGGGCAAGGGAUUCUCGCCGCUCAAUGAUACCUGCUUGAUCGGCCGAUUCAAGCUGGAUAUCAAGCGCGAGCAGGACACAAGCGAUGCGGAGGGCAGUGGAAGCAGCAGCGGUGGCGAUGGUGGCAAUCCGUAG